GAAACUCAAAGUAUUUACAUAAAGAAAAGGAGAUAGAGAGAUGGACAACAAGCCAAGCCUUCGAAAUUAUAAUGUUUUAAUACUAGUGGUUGUUUGUUUUCUCUUGAUUGUAUUAGUAGGGAUUUUGGCUCAUCACAAACACCACAAGUCAACUGAAGCUGACACUGAGGACGCGAUGAUCAUGAUGAUGAUGAUUUCUCCCCUCCCCCCUUCGAAUAACAUAAUGAUUCGAAAGACGAUGAGACAACAUUAUUCUCUUAGUCAUCACACUCAUAACUCUAUCAAUUAUGUGAGUAAAAGAGCCGUACCAAAAGGACCUGACCCCAUUCACAACCACAGGGUCGCGCCAAGGACUCAUCCUUAAUUAAUUUGGAAAAGCUACAAUCAACCCUGAGCAGUGGAGCUAGCUAACUGAGGUCUGGUUCGCUCUGAUCUACAACCAUUUUAUAUUUAUAUGGAUAUAUUGAUAAUAAUAAAUUAUUGAUAACU